AUGAAACAUCUUCUCACCCAAUUCCCAUCCAUCCUGGCCAUCUAUUGCUUCUGCCUGCUACAGAUUCCCUCCUCAGGAUUUCCUCGACCUUUAGCCAAUCCUUCAGAUGGCUUGGAUGUUGUGAAGCUUGAGCAGCUGGCAUAUUGGGCAACUCUUUCUAGACAACCUAAGGAUAAUCAAGACAUAUACAAAAGGUUUUUAUUUCACUACUCCAGAACUCAGGAGCCAACGCAUCCAGUUAAAACCGAGUUUCCUCCGGUGCAUCCUCUGAUGCAUCUGGCUGCCAAGCUCGCCAACCGAAGGAUGAAAAGAUUUCGGCAGCGCGAUGCUGGAACUGCUGCAGCGGAUUUUACCAAGGAGGAUCACACUGCCACCUUGGAAAGACCAUUUUUCCUUUUCAGGCCAAGGAAUGGAAGAAACCUUGACUUUAACACCUGGUAG